CAGUUGUGUAUUUUUGUAUUGUUGACCACUUUGUUGACAAAGAAUAGAAGAAACUUGUGUUCAAAAAAUUUAUAAAAUGAGAAAAUAUCUUAGUUUUUUUAUACUCUAUUUCUUGCAUAGUUCAAUAAGUGCAAAUGACGAAAGUUUUAUCAAUGCUCAAGAGAUUAUGAAACUAAUAAGAGGAGGAGGCUACAUUAAGCCUUACCCAGAAGAAUGUACUACCAUUUUGAAGCUGCUAGCUCACUCUGCCUCUGAUUUUACAUUGUGUUCUAUUACAAAUGCCAAACCCAUAACACUGUGUAAAAACUGUAUCACCGACUAUUUAGCAUUCUCCAAUACUUAUCAUAACUUGACAACCACAAUAAUAAAUGGGACUUCAUGCGGGUCCUUGUUUAUCUCUCAAGACAGAUUUGAUGUUGUUUUAGAAUUUCAUGACCGCAUUACAGAUAUUUGGAAUAAAGGACAUUGUGAUGAUUGUUUUGACUUCUCAGAAGGGGCAGCAAAACCUUCAAAUAACACAAUGAAGUUUAAUAAAAUGUUUGAAGACACCAUAAACUGUAUUAACAGUAACUUGGAUCCGACAUCGAACAAUACUGAUGAAGUUUGUGUUCAAUGUAUGCAAUCUUACUUAGCCCUAGACAUGUUUUAUAAGACAUUGAGUAAGGAUUCCAUUGGUGUUGACACUGUUUGUAUGGACACAGUUGAUUCAAUGAAUACUACAAGAUCCAUAUGGAGCAAGACCCUCAAUUGCUGCAAGCUGAGAAAGACCCCUGAGGUCAUAUUCUUGUGUUGUACAGCUAUCAUAUCACUUUUACCACUGCUGUAUUAUGUUGCUGUCAGAUAUUGUGGCCCCAUCAGAGAUUUACCUAAUGUUCUCAAAGAAUCCAGAUUCAAGCAAUCAAUAAUGAGAUCUGUUCAAAGUUAUAGAAGGAUAAAUUGAAAUAAAACCAAUACAAAAUU